CUGGAAGAAAACUGUCUACUUUUGUCGAAAUUAACUCCUUCAAAUGAAAAAUGUGCUACAGUUUUGCUGCCAAAGGCAGGCAAAUCAAACUGUGAAAAAAAAGCAAAUCAACUAACCUACUAACCAAACAAACAAACAAGCUAACGACAAGGCCAAGGAGAAUCAAGCUACAAGUGGAAAUCUUGCGGUAUGCUGUGUAAUUUGUUCUGGUAUUAGCAAUGUUACUUGUUUCGUUGUUGUCGUUCGAAGUAGUAAUCUUCGCCAUGAUGAUCAUGAGGUAGUUAAACUCACGUUUUCUCUUGAGGAGUAAAGCAGGUAAAUUUAAGGUUUUCCUCUAGAGUGACUUUACCAGGGAGAUAGUGUGAAUAUCACAUACGUUAGACAAAAAAGCCGUCAGUCGUUGCCAAGAUUUUUUAAAUCUUGUUUCUAAAAGGCUUACUUUUCUUAUCAAACACUGGGUAAUCUAGAUUGUUUUCUUCUCUUGAUCCCAAAUAGGAUGCACCUUUCGUUAUGAAGGAGGAGAACGAAGAUGGCAGCUAUUCAUAUGAAGGAUAUUGUAUCGAUCUGCUGAAUGAACUGGCAAGAAAUCUUAAGUUUACAUAUGAGAUCUACGUCAGCCCUGACGGGAUGUACGGUGCUCAAACGGAAAAUGGAACCUGGAAUGGAAUGAUUGGAGAAAUUGUGAAUGAGCGUGCUGACAUCAUAGCUGCGGCACUCACUCUCACUGAAAGUCGAGAGAAGGUUGUGGACUUCAGCGUGCCUUACAUGUUCUACACGGAAGAUAUGUUACUGAAAAAAGCAUCUGCCAAAGAAAAUAUUGAUUUGUUGCAGUUCAUGAAUCCGUUCGACCCUCAAGUCUGGUUCGCUACUCUGGCAACCUUGGUUGUAAUCUCUAUUGCUGUGUUUGUAAUAAACUAUUUCAGUCCUUAUGGAUACAAAGAUGAAAAUGGCAAAGGAACAUCGGAGGAGUUUAGCUUUUUCAACAGUGUUUGGUUCUCAUUGGCUUGUAUGUUGCAACAGGGAGGUGAUAACACACCAAGAAGUUUGUCAGGUCGUAUUCUUGCUGGAUGUUACUGGUUCUGUAUUCUUAUCUGGGUUUCAACUUACACUGCCAAUCUAGCUGCUUUUUUCACGGUGAAGAACGCCGAACAUCCCAUUCAUAAUCUUGACGACAUUGUGAAGUCUUCUUACAAAGUAGCAGUACUUGAUUCCUCAAGCACGUCCGAGUUCUUUGAGACAAGUCAGUACGAGACAUACAAAAAGAUCUGGCACAGAAUUGAGUCGGGGAACACCCUCGCUAAAAAUGUUGAGGAAGGUGUGAAGUGGGUACGAGAAAAAGAGGAGCACGUGUUUAUCGCGGAUGGGCCAUUUCUCAGACUGUUGGCUAACCAGCCACCUUGUGAUGUCUCAGUAGGUAAAUAAUGCAAACAGCGAUUAUAUAUCCGGUCCAGAAGUUGUGAGAUAGUAGAAUUACAGAGACACUAUCACGGUGAUUUUACUGCAGUUUAAGUCAAAACAUCCGGCUAAAAUUAUAACCUACUACC